AGCAGAAGAAGAAGAAGAAAUUCAUAACAAGCCCGUUGCUGAUCGGAUCGAAUAUCUUCUUUGAUUUCACAGUCCAACAAACUGAUGUUUGCCAAGAAUGAACGAAUAAGGGUGGUUGGCUUUAAUUCCUGUCUGUUUUCCAUGAGUUUGUCUACAACUCCAGCACCUGCGGAAAGUACCUGGAUGUGCCUAUGUUCUUCAGCUUUUGUGGUUGAUGACUAACCAGUAACUAGUCCUUUCAAUGAUCACCGGGUCACUCAACUCUGAGAACUCCCAACAGACAUCAUCCAUCCACUCACACAAACUAACAUGACCUCCGAGCAGGCCAGCACCCUGCAUGCAUUCAAGGGCCCCGGCGACCCCAGUCCGGGCUACUUCUCCUGGGGCCUUCGCUUCCAGGUCAUCGGCCUGGGUUUUGCCUUCUACACGGCCGUGUUCCUCCUCUCCCACCUGGUGUCCACGGCUCUCUCUCAGACCUACCGCUCUCUGCUGGCUAAGGAGAAGGUGUUCUGGAACCUGGCGGCCACACGGGCUGCGUUCGGCCUCCAGAGCAUGGUGGCGGGCCUACGGGCGCUGACCGAGGACUCGGCCAUGUCCAGGGACAGGGUCAGAGGUCAGGAGGACUGGUCUUGGUUCACUGUGCUCACCGCCACAGGCUUCUUUCUGUUUGAGAAUGUGGCGCUGCAUGCCUCCAGUGUGGUGUUCAGGUCCUUCGACCUCCCCCUGGCUGCCCAUCAUUUCUUUGCCCUGUCAGGGUUCGCUGGGGCGGUGGUCUGGGACUCACUAGGACAUUACCUGCCCAUGGUCACUCUGCUGCUGGAGAUGAGCACACCCUUCACCUGCAUCUCCUGGAUGUUACUAAAGGCUGGCUGGGCGAGGACCCUCUUCUGGAAGGCCAACCAGUGGGUGAUGAUCCACAUGUUCCACUGCCGCAUGGUGCUCACGUACUACAUGUGGUGGGUGAGCUGGAGCCACUGGGGGGAGAUGAACAUGUACGUUGCCCUGCCUCAGCGCAUCCUCUUCUAUACCGGCCUGGCCCUGCUCACAGUGAUCAUCAACCCCAUCUGGACACACAAGAAGACCAUGCAGCUCCUCAACCCUGUCGACUGGAACUUCAGCAACAAGCCGCCGUCCAACGGCCCAAGUGGGGAGCAGGAGGAAAAACCUCAUGCGAGAUAAACGAGCCAAGAACUGUCAACCUGUUUGGAGAGUUAUGGGGCUCUUUUACUAUGCUUGUAAAGGAGAUUCAUUUCUCACGAACUCUUUAGCUUUUAGUGCUUGAGGUUUUUUGAAGAUUAAGUUGAACUAAACUAGUGUGUUUUAAAGGUUCUCAGUACAGGUUUUAGGUCUGCUGUGUCUCUACAAGAUGUGGAUGAAAGAGCUCUUGGUCUUUGGAAGAAAUGUUAUAUUUACAUUUAGCAGACGCUCUUAUCCAGAGCGACUUACAGUUAGUGAGUGCAUACAUUAUUGUUAUUUUC